AUGGACUUUUCCAAUUAUCCGAGGGAGAUCCAUGAAUGCAACAUCAGCAUCACAACAACCCUUCCUGAGAACGUCACCAAGUUUCUGUGGUCCGAGCAGAAUCCGGUCAAAGUCAAUCCCAACGUGGACCUUGUCCGAUUUGAAGUCACCGUGCAAGGCCAAGGCCAGUCGAGCGAGCACCUGCGGCUGCAGCUGCGUCUGGCGAGGCGCAUGGGAGACCAACUGGUGGGGACGUACGCGUCCACUGCUCUCCUGGUGGUCUGUUCGUGGCCCGCCUUCUGGCUCGGGACGACGGAGCGUCUGUCCCUGUGCGGCACAUUGCUACUCGCGCUGACUCAGCAGAGCGCUGCCGCCCGGCGUGCGUUGUCGCCUUCCGUGGCCCUGACGCCGGUGGACUGGUGGAUGAGCGGCUGCGUCGCGCUCGUGCUGGCAGUCAUCGUGGAGACCACCAUCGCCUGCUACGAAGCCAAGGUCGAAGGCCCCAAGCUUGUGCCGAGUCCUGAAACUUCGACCUUCGAGGUCAAGGAUGGCUAA